AUGCCAACGCUGAGCCAUAUUAAGACACCAGGGGCUACUGUGGAAACAGAUAGCUCGCAGCAUUCGAGAAAUCAAACCUGGUACCCAGGUCCCCGACUAAGGAGAAACCUCUUCUCAGCAACACAAAAAAAUCCAAAUCCAAAGAACAAGACAAAGAAAAAAAAAGAAAAAAAGGAAAAGGAAAAAGACAGAUCGAGAAGAAAAACAUUAAAUGACAUCCCUAGCACAACUAACAAAGUUGUGGAGAAUGAAGUUGCUAGGAUAAACUCCAAAAUAAACCAGAACAAUGCUGCUCAUAGCACAGGUUUUGACAUAAAAAAGUGCUUGCUAGAACGAGAAAAUGAAAAACUAGCAAAAGAUAACGAAAGGUUGACUAAGCUGGUUGAAACUCUAUCUGCACAAAUAAGCGCACAAUCCGCUCAAAUCGAAAAUCUCCAACUCCAAAUGGAGAAAUUAGUAAGUUCUCUCACAAAGCCUGCCCCCCAAAGCGUUGAAAUGCAGGAUAACACCUUAAACAUUGAUGCUGACAGCCCAAAAAGAAAAAAGGCCAAAAAAACUAAUGAUAGUGACAAAUCUAUGGAAACUGACAUAGAAAACUCACAACCACUGGAAUACCAAGGGCCAACAAAGCAAAUAGCAACAACAUCUAGCUAUACCCCCCCCAUAAUCUCAAAUGACCUGACCCCUCACUCCCCAGGAGCUGCUAAAACAGCACCCAAUAUACAGGAAAACAUGCUGGUUGGAGACUCCCAAUUAACGCCCACACAAAAUGAAAAUUUCCCAAUGCUACCACCACCUAGGUAUUCACCGCCAGCACAAACUACUCCUGGCAGUUCUGGCAGUAACGUACAAGAAAAUGAUUUCCCGACAACGACACCAUCUACGUACCACCCACCUACACAACAAACUCCAUCGAAUUUGGCAUCAACAUCACAGGCACACACAUGAACUCAAAAAGAUAAAAUCCCACCGAUAGUAUUACGCCAAAAAAAAAGGUGGCUGAUAGUCUCAA